CGACAGCGCGUCUGACGGCAUUGGCUUGUGCAUUGACAGACACAACAAAGGCCGCGAUAAACUCGACCUAAACCCCUUCAUAUCGACCUAAAACCCUUAUGGUUAAUAUUAAUGCAUUCCCAGCAACAUCAUCUUUCAACUUCAUCGUUCAAAGCCAUUGAUCCCUACUCCAAAUGUCCUUGGCUGAGCGCCUCCUAUGUUUGCGUUGUAUAAAUAAAACGAGUAGUUCAUUUCGCCGCUGCAAGUUGUAUCUCUCCUUAUAGCUUCCGUGGAGAGAGAUUUCAGCGUCUUCCUCCUCCUCGGCAAUCCCGCAGUUUAUCGGAAGAUGGCCACAACGGAGCCUCUCCAAUUCGGUUCGGUCGAAAUUAGCGUAUGGAACGGCAAGGUCGUUCUGUACGGCGCAAAGGGCGUCGUGGAUAAUGGCGCCAAUACCAAUUCGGUUUGGCUCUUCGAUCCCGCUGCCCGCAGCUGGAACGUCCUGAGUCCCAACGGUAAUGCGCCAUUCACGGGUGAGAAUCAUGACGCGGCCACAGCGGUCGUGGCAGGCGACGCACUUUAUGUCGUUGCCGCGCUGAAUACUCGUGGAUGGUGGAGGUAUGAUCUCGUCAGCGGCACCUGGACGUCUAUGAGCGGAGCGCCGACGGCAGUGCUCUACCCGACCAUGGUCGGCACCAGUUCAACGCUAUACUAUGGUGGCGGUUACAACUACCUAGGUAACAACAGGAAACUCAGCGACUUUUGGAAGUACACUCCGUCAAGCGGAGCGUGGACUCGGCUGCCGUCGUUCCUGUAUGAAGUCAAUCGCUCGCCGGGAGCACUGGUUGGCAAUGAUAUGUAUCACUUCGGGGGUUUUCUCGACACCUUCACCAACAGCUUGCAAAGAUGGACCGCGUCACCGGAGGGAGCGAGUUGGCAGUCCAGAAACCUGCCUGGGGCUCCAUCUGCUCGCGAAGGUGGCUGCUUGACCAGUGUUGGGAGCAGCUUGAUUUACUUCGGCGGCAGAUAUGGAUCAUCGAUUUUUUACGACGACCUGUAUAUGCUGGACACGCCGUCAGGCUCCUCAUGGACAAACCUGACACCCUCGGUAUCGGACCAGGCCUUCUUCCCGCGACUGGACCAAUGGUCAUGCGCCGCCAUCGGCCCGAUCGUCUACAUCAGCGGCCAUCUGCGUGAUAACAGAUCGCCCGUGUCGCAAUCGUCGGGCCCUGCUCUUUUCGGCCUCGACACGAGAAUUUGGAAGUUCUUUGACGCGGCCAACGGGACCACUCCGUACACUUCCACCGUUUCGAGCACGGCGUACCCGUCCACGAUCUCGGUUACGGUGGUCAGCACAACCACAACUACCCGGUCGGUUACGCAGACCACUACGAGCACUAUUCCGCCGUCUACGGUUUCGGUUACGCAGACCACCACGAGCACCCUUCCGCCAUCUAGUAUUUGGGUCACGGACACCACCACGACCACAGCUCCGCCCUCGACGGUCUCUGUUACAGACACCACCACGACCACAGCUCCGCCCUCGACGGUCUCGGUUACGGACACCACCACGACCACAGCACCGCCCUCGACGGUCUCGGUUACGGAUUCAACUACGACCACCAUCCCGCCGGUAACUGUCACGGAAUUGACCGUUACCACAGUCACGGAGGUGAGCACUAGCACCGUUCCGCCGUCCACAAUUACAAAGACAGAGGUGAGCACUAGCACCGUUCCGCCGUCCACAAUUACAAAGACCAUUAUUAGCACCGUACCGCCCUCGACUGUCACGGUCACUAGCACGCUUUCGCCCUCUACAGUCUCACUCACACAGACCAUUACGAGCACAAUUGCCUUAGCGACGACUACGGUCACGGGUGCCGGCACAACUACCAUCGCAGCGGGUGACAUCCCCGGAGCCGGAAACGUGUUAUCCGGCCUCGGCAGCGGCGGCGGAACUACCACAACCGUUGAAACCACUAAGCUGGCAGUCCCGGCCACAGCGGGUAUUGCCGUUGGAGGUGUUGCGCUCGGGGCCGUCAUUGUCGGCGGCGCCAUGUUCUACAAACGCGGUGCGGCCGCAAGAAAGGGCAGGGCGGCUGCUAGUACCCUUUCCAUGCCGGCGCUCGUUGCGGCUGUCCCGGCAGCUCCGGUCAGAGCGGCCGUUGAGCACGAUGAGACUACGGCGGCGACGGCCGACGCGGAGCAGGCUGUGGUUAAGGGACAGCAGGUUGCAGGUCCUGAUGAUUUGGUGAGCGUGCCGAUUGACGACUCGCCUUCGCGCUCGGAUGCUCCGGAGGCUGGCAAAUCGAGGAACGGGGAUGAGAAGAGGAGGAGGAACAUUGUCUGA